UGGACAGGGUAAUGAAGAUCUUAUUAUUGUUCAUGAAGCUCUUGAUUAUGGGGAUUGCCAUUUGUCUCUCGCGAUUCCCAAAUAUGGGAUCUUUGAGAAGAUUAAUUCGGUGAAGGAGCUUGCACAAAUGCCCCAAUGGACUGAAGAGAAACCACUCAGAGUUGCUACUGGUUUUGGCUAUCUGGGGCCUAAGUUCAUGAAAGAAAAUGGACUGAAGCAUGUGAGCUUUUCAACGGGUGAAGGAGCAUUGGAGGCAGCUCCUGCGAUGGGGACUGCUGAUGUUAUUUUGGACCUUGUAAGUAGUGGGACAAAAUUAAGGGAAAAUAACUUGAAAGAAAUUGAAGGCGGGACAGUGUUGGAAAGCCAGGCUGUUCUUGUGGCAAGCAGGAAGUCACUUGUCCAUCGGGAAGGUGCUCUUGACACAACUCACAAGAUUCUUGGAAAAUUGGAGGCACAUCUGAAGGCAGUCGGCCAGAUCAUGGUAACAGCAUAUGUGAGUGGGAGUAGUGUGGAGGAAGUCGCCGAGCGAUUGUUCAGUCAAUCAACACUCUCUGGUUUGCAAAAUCCUGCCGUAUGUCAAGUCUUUCGCCAACGCAACGGAAAAAUGGUUAGGGACUGCUAUUCAAUAGACAUUUGUGUUCCUGGAAAGGCACUCCAUAGCUCUGUGCAGGAGUUGAAAGCAAUUGGGAGUAGCAGAGUCAUAAUAUCUAAGUUGACUGACGUUCUCCAUAAAGAGACUCCCAGAUGGCAGCAGCUUCUCUCCAAACUCGGGCUCUAGUUCUGGGAAGCCAACGCUCAGGUCGACUAGAGGUGCCCGAGUUGGAGAACCUGCUUUUGGAGUAGAGGAGGGGGUAAAAUUUAUCAGGAAUGUUGUAUCUUAGUGUGGCUAUGUGGCAUCCGUUCUUUUAGAAUUGCGGUUCCUUUUCCUCUAGGUAUUUUAUUUUUCCUCUUUGUUUGGUUUUAUAGCAAUCGGUUUUAGAAUCCAAGGACGUAUGGGAACGUCCCAUGGUUUAUUUUUGUGACAUCAUUUGUAAGUGAUUAUAUGAUUGAUGACACUUGGGUUCGAUGGCAAUUCCACGACGCACUUUGGAAGA